AUGUCUUUGGAACACCUUGAAGAGAAAGAGGGUAAUAAAGAAGGAUCUACACAAUUAUCGGAACAAAAUUUACAUCAUCAUCAACAGUUUUCAGAAGGAAAUUUACAACGAGAUCAACCUCAGCAAUUUCCUGAACAACAAUUUCAGCAACACCAGCAAUUUUCAGAGCAGAAUUUGCACCAUCAGCAGUUUUCUGAACAAAAUUUACGACAACCAAACCAACAAUUAACGCAAAAUCAGCAGUUUUCCGAAGGAAAUUUGCAACAGCAACUAUUAGAGCAAUUCCCAAAAUUAAAUUUGCAACAGCAACAUCAGCAGUUGUCGAAUCAAAAUUUACAGCAGCAAAAUCAGCAGUUUUCGGAUCAAAAUUUACAACAGCAAAAUAAACAACAAUUAACGCAACAAUAUCAGCAUCAACAACAUGAGCAAUAUCAACAUUUUUCAGAACAAAAUUUACAACAGCAACAGCAACAAUUAACGCAAAUACAACUGCAUCAGCAACAAAAUCCACAAUUUUCUGAACAAAAGUUGCAACAACAAUUCUUGGAACAACAGGAAUUUUUUUAUAAGUUGCGAAACCUUUUAGGUAAGCAGCAAGAAACUUUGCAAGUUCUUGAAAAGAAAUUGCAACCACAACAUCUACAACAACCCUCACAACAGCAACAUUUCUUCGAAAAACAAUAUGAACUCUUACAAUUAUUUAAACAACAGCAGGAUGUUUACGCUGCAUAUGCUUAUAAAAUUCAAGAUCCUAAUUACCUACCGGUUAAUGACCUAAAGAUUACUCAUGAAAAUAUAAAUAGCACUAAGUAUUAUGAUAAAAUUCCUGAAGAAUUGAAGAGUUAUUGUGAAGAAUUGGAAAACAAAAAUAAAGUAUUGUUAAGAAAUUUGGAAGAAAUUCAAAAUAAAUCUAAACCGAAAUCAAACGAUUAUCAUUACGGAUUUGCGGAUUGGUUUUCUUUCAAUCAACAAGAACUCAAAUCAAAAAAUAAGGAACUCAAAAGUAAAUUGAAAAAUCUUCAAAUAGAAUACAAAAAUUUUGAGGCAAUUUUAGAUACAAGGGAUAAUUAUAUUAAUGGUUUGGAAAAAGCUAAUGAGGACUUAAAGAAAGAAACUACUAGGUAUCAAUCAGCUUUGGGAGACGCAACAAGUUUUCAUCUAGGAAGUCAAGAUUCCAAUAGUGCUGUUCAAUUAUCAGAAGACAUUCGUGCUUUGCAUAGCAAUUUAGAGAAGUUCUGUGGACUUAAGAGAGGUGUUGAUCUAAAAGAACCUGAGGUGAAAGAACUCUUGGAAAAGUUUGGUUGUUCUUUCACCGGGAAACUGCGUAAUAAUAAACCUUUGAUUUCUGGCUUAUUAGAACGGCUUGUGAUAGAAACAGUCAUUGAAAUGGCCAAUAAAUACUUUGAUAACCAAACAAACGAUAUAGAUAUCAAAAAAGUUGAAGAUAACGCAAGUCAACAGCAAAAUCUAGAAAUGAAUAUAAUUAAUGUAACCGAACAAUUGUUGAAGUUAACAGAUUCGAUUUCAACAAAUCGCGCUGGAGAUGAAACGGUUAGCAAAGCCACCUCAACGAAAAUUCGCCAACAAAUUUAUGCUAUUCUUGGAAAUCGUGGGUUUUCCAAUAUUAUUUCAGAUAAAGGAGAUAAAGAACAUCCAUUGAUUGUAAAUUUACGAAAAGCCAUUAUUGAUUUAAUGAAUCGAUAUCGUACUAUUAAGAAUAAAGACAAAUUGACAGAAAAUGAAAAGUUAAUCGACGAGAUUGUUAGACAUGUGGUUAGAAUAUUUCUUUUUAGACUAAAAGUGCAAGUACCUAUUGCCGGUUGGAAAUUUUUUGAAAAACAUACGGAGAUCAAUACCAUAAUGAUGGAGGCAUCUUGGGACGAAGUGGAGCUUGAAGAUUUAUAUGUUGAUGCUUGUGCGUUUCCGAUAAUUGGAUCUAAUCUUUGUGAAGCUGAAAGGGUUGAUGAAAAUUUAAAAGUGAUCUUUCCGGCCCAAAUUAUAACGGGCAUUACCAAUAAAAAUAGAUGA